AAGAAGCAUCGGAAGCUCUCAUCCGGAGAUAAUUGCUAGUGUACAUCUUAGGGCGCAAGAACCCCUGUCGUUAACCGACCCCGAGCUGCACUCCCAGGUGGGGCGCUGUAUCCGACUCAAAGCUAUAAACCUCAUCAUCUAAGUCUGAGUCACGAUCAGGGAACUACGUACAAGUAAUUGAGAGAAGCGCACAUUCUUCACAACUUACCUAUCAUCCCAAUCUCACACCAUGGCUUCUAACCCCAUGCAGCGUUGCUGCGUCGUGGGCGUAAAGCACGAAGGCAAGCCACAAGGACAGAUCAAACACAUUGACAACAUCCGCACAUACGCCACCUACCCACCCGACAACCCCAAACCCGAAAACGCCAUCCUCAUAAUGACCGACGUCCUCGGCAUGGAUUUCCCCAACAUCCAACUCAUCGCCGACCAAUUCGCCCAAAACGGAUACCUAACCGUCAUCCCAGACGUCUUCAAUGGGAGCGAAGUGCCAUUCCCCGUUCCAGAGUCGUUUGACUUGCAAGAGUAUAUCAAGACGACGAUGCCCAAGACCGACACUGUAGAUCCCAUGUUCGAAAAAGUCAUCAAACAUCUGCGAGACGAGUUAGAAGUAAAGAGAUUGGGCGGCAUAGGAUACUGCUUCGGCGGUAAAUACGUAUGUCGAUUUCUAAAAGAAGGAGGACUAAGCAACGGCGGUAUCGACGCGGGCUUCACCGCCCACCCCAGUUUCGUCGACGAAGAAGAAGUCAGAAAUAUCAAGGGUCCGUUGAGUAUCGCUGCUGCAGAAACCGAUUCCAUCUUCCCAGCUGAGAAGCGCCGCGAGACGGAAGACAUUCUCAAAGAUCACACCGCCCCGUACCAGAUGUUCCUGUAUUCGGAUGUCGAGCAUGGGUUCGGUGUUAAAGGUGACUUGUCGCACGCGAAGGCGAGGUUUGCCAAGGAACAGGCUUUUUUGCAGGCGGUGGGCUGGUUGAACGAGUAUGUUAGGAAGAUACCGGGGGUGUAGCGCUUUCCUUGGUAAGAUCGGCAUGGCUGAUCGGCAUGAUAUAUUCCAGGGGCGAUCUGAGUAUCUCGUCCGUCAAAGGUGCGUCUUGGAGGGCCGUGUCAUAUUCGUGCAGUGCGCAUUUGACCCUGGUAAUCUCAUUCGGUCUGGCGAGUUGCUCCAACUUCUCAGUAGCGUAUUUCCCGAGCCA